ACCGUUUCAAUGGCAACCCUCACCACUCUUUGAAUAAUCCCCAUUUUCUUCAGCUAUGCCUCCUUCAAUCUCUCUCCUCCUCAUCAAACGCAUCUCUCUCCUCAACAUAAACCCUAAAAGCCGCCGCCUUUUCCACCCAUUCCUCGUGAAACCACUCUCCACCUCCGCACAGAGCAACCCUAAUAACUCUUCUUCCCCUGAAGAAAACCACAAACCUUCCUCCUCCCUCUCUUCCCGCCUCAGCUUCGUCUUCGAUCAGAUCGAUGCAAUCGAGAAACGUCACUCGGAGCAAGACGAGACCCUCGAGCGUAUCCGCGCUUGGCGCCAAUCCAAACAGCAACCACCACCUGCUGCUGCUGCUCUUCGACGAGAUCCGGAUCCUGAAAAAUCCGAAUCCGAGUCCGUCGGGGAUAAUGAAAGACCGGAGGAGUUGACUCAGUCAGUGUUGAGCAAGGAGAAUGGUGUGGUGGAGUUGGUGCAUCCGUGGCCUGAGUGGAUGGAGCUUAUGGAGGUAUUGGUGAAGCAGAACUACUUUGAUCAUAGGAGGCAACGUGACGGUGACGAUGAUGGUGAAGACGAGGUGAUGAUGGUGCAGAGUUUGGGAAUCGAUGUACCCUCAUCAUCAAAUGUUGGAGCUGCUCUGUUCCAGGACUUUAGAGCUGUUCAGAACGCUUGUGUCAAUUUCGGAAAAGACCGUUUCGAUAUUCUAAGGUCAUUGUCGAGGAACGAAAUUCAAAUACUUGUCGGCCAUGGGUGUCCAGCGACUGAUAGAAAAGUUGUUUUCUCUGGGAAACUACUGAGGAAGCGUGUCCAUCUCGAUGAAGGAGAUGUCUGCAGUUCCUGCAGCUUGAGAAACUCGUGUGAGAAGGCGUUUCUGUUAACAAACAAAGAGGACGAGGCUCGAACCCUUGACCUCAUGAAGAUUUUGUUCACCUAUGGUUUUGACCCAUUGAGUGAUACAGUAGUAGCCAACAAAAGCCUCCUCAAGAAAAAAUCUGUUAAGACUGUGGUGCGCAAGCUGCUGCAUGAGGUUGUCAAGUUAAGCAAAGUACCAAUCGAUCCUAACCUUACUCCACCAGUUAUCAAGAAAGCUCCACCUAAAGUCAAGCAGCCACCUCCACCUCCUAAAAGACGCGUUGGCCGUGAUGACGUUGAGAUGAAGAAAGGUGAUUGGCUCUGCCCAAAGUGCGAUUUCAUGAACUUCGCAAAGAAUACCAUUUGCUUACAGUGUGAUGCAAAGAGACCAAAGAGACAGCUCCUUCCAGGAGAAUGGGAAUGCCCUGAAUGCAACUUCUUAAACUAUAGGAGAAACAUGGCUUGUUUUCACUGUGAUUGCAAGCGUCCACCAGAUGCUUUCUUAGAGAACAAAACACAAGAAACACCUCGGUUCACCGAAGGACAAACAGAGAAGGUUGUGAAGAGGGAUGAUGUUUCCAAUGCCUGGAACUUUGAUUUUGAUGACGAUGAAUCAGACGGUGCAGAAGUUGCUGCGUUUGAAUAUGCGGAUUCCAGUAGAAAGAAUCAAAACCUUCCAAUGGAUGGUUUGAGAGAUCCUGAAGAAGAAGAAUUUGGUAAUCUUCCUCCGGGAGCCCGAGAGAGUUCUGAGAUUGGUGGAAGGAGCAGACGACCUGGUGUUGGGUUUGAUGAUUUUGACGAUGAAGAUGACGUUGAUAGCUAUGAGAUAGACGAAACUGGAAACAGAGAGGUCCCUUCUCGAACUUCUUUUGCUUCUGAAGAGUUCUCAGAGGAUGAACAGUUUCCAGAGUCAAAGGCUGGUUACAAUGUACACAGAGGAGGAAGCAACAGGAAUGGAAACAGUAGGGGAGGUUUCUCUAGGGACAAUGAGCUCGGUUUCAGUUCAGAUGAUGAAGCUUCCGUCACUCCCAGGUGGAAAUCAAGCCACGUUGCUUCAACAAACAGAGGUCCGCCUUCUAGAAAACUGACUUUUGGGUCGGACGAUGAGUUUGGGCUCGACUCUGAUAUGGAGGACGAUGGUCCCAGGUCUGGUUUAAGGGGUGGUGGUGGCCAAAGAAGUAAGGGUGCAAGAGGAGGGUUUAAUGGAAAAAGAAGAUCCUAUUCAGCUUCAGAAUCUGAUGAUGAUGACAUGGAUGAUAAAGAGUACAGAGGUUCAAGUUUCUCUGGUAAUAGAUCAAGAGGAGGGAACAGAGGAAGAAUGAGAGGUGGACGGGGUGGUUUCAAUGAUUAUAAUGCCUCAAGUGGCUUCUCGGAUAAUAGAUCAAGAGGGAGGGGAGGAAGAACAGGAGGAGGCAGAAGGGGUGGUUUUGAUAGUGACGGCGAAGAUUACAGAGGGUCAGGUAGAUCAAGAGGGAACAGAGAAGAGAGAGGCGGGUUUGGGGGAAGAAUGGGAAGCAGAAGUGGCGGUUUUGAUGAUGGGUUUGAUAGAAAGAGCAGUAGAGGAGGACGCGGUGCAGGGAGUUUCAGGGGAUCUAACAGAGGAGGAGGAGGAAGAGGAAACCGCCAUGGCAAUAGUGAUGGUAAAGACACAGACUCUGCUGAUUUCAGAAACAGUCGAAGAGUUAUCGAAAGAUAAAAGAGAAUGUAAUAAACUGAUUUACUUUUUGUUCCAGUAUUCAAUUGGCUGUAGUGCAUUUUAUAACAUUCAUAAAUUUUGAAACAUUGAAAUUCUGAAGAAUGAAUACAUAAAG